AUGGAUAGCAGCACCAAACUCAAGGCGGCCAUUUUGAUCGUCUCCGACACGGCCUCGCAGGACCCCGCCUCUGACAAGACGGCCAAUGCCCUCGCCCCCAUCCUCGCCGCGGAGGGGAAGUGGGAACCCCCCGCAAUUAGGAUCGUGCCGGACAAUGUGUUCCAGAUCCAACAAGCCGUGUGCGACUGGACAGACGGGCCCAAUUGGUACAACCUGGUUCUUCUCAGCGGCGGAACUGGCUUUGCUGUCCGAGAUAACACGCCCGAGGCUGUUUCUCCCCUGAUUCAUCGCCAUGCUCCAGGUCUAGUCCAUGGCAUGAUCGCCGCUUCGUUGAAAGUAACCCCAUUCGCUAUGAUGUCUCGUCCUGUUGCUGGCGUGCGAGAUAAAUCUUUGAUAAUUACUUUGCCUGGGUCCCCUAAAGGAGCCAUGGAGAAUCUUGACGCGGUUGUGAAGCUGCUUCCUCACGCUUGUUUACAGUCUGCCGGGGCCAACUCGCGAAGCCUGCAUGCUGGCGGCGUGGAGAAAUUGGAGGCUGAGGCAGGGGUUUCCGCCGGCCAUCAAAAUCAUCACCACCACCAUCAUCACCACCACCAUCAUGGCCAUGGACAUGUAGUUCCAAAGGCCCAUACCUCCCCGGCGGAUCGACCUGUGUCCAAUGACCCUUCUGCUGGUCCUAAUCAUCGAUAUCGUUCUUCACCCUACCCAAUGCUUUCUGUAGAGGAAGCACUCCGUCAAGUCAGCGAACACACUCCCCAACCCAUUGUCGUCGAGGCCCCCGUGAACACAUCUGUCGUGGGCUCGAUCAUCGCUGACGAUGUCUAUGCCGCCGAAGCGGUGCCCGCGUACAAAGCUAGCAUCGUGGAUGGCUAUGCUAUCAUUGCACCCGAAUCGAUCACCAGUGGUCAAACUACCAAAGGCGUGUUCCCCGUAGCAUCUGUCACGCAUGCCAACGUCGGCGGAGCUCUAGAGCCUCUCCAGCCGGGGACCAUCGCUAGAAUUACCACCGGGGCCCCUCUCCCUCCGAAUGCGAAUGCCGUAGUCAUGGUCGAAGAUACCGUCCUUGUGUCGUCUACCCCUGAUGGCAAGGAAGAAGCCACCGUUGAAAUCAUACCGGGAGAUAUCACGCCUGGCGAGAAUGUUCGCGAGCCGGGCAGUGACGUUGCCCACGGAUCGAAGAUUCUGUCUCGCGGACAAAUUAUCUCUCCCGUUGGCGGCGAGGUCGGUUUGCUGGCUUCCACUGGCACUAGAACUGUCAAGGUAUUCAAAAAGCCCCGAGUAGGCGUUUUGAGUACAGGGGACGAACUGGUGGAGCACGACGAUCCCCGGACCCUCACGGGCGGACAAAUCCGGGACUCCAACCGCCCUGCUCUCCUAUCGUGCCUCAAUUCCUGGGGCUUCCCCACCGUCGAUCUGGGGAUCGCACGAGACACCCCUGCAGGUGAGAUCGAGCAUGCACUUCGAGACUCACUGCGCGGUGUGGGUCGUGCUUCAUCUAGUGUCGAUGUGAUCAUCACCACAGGUGGAGUCUCCAUGGGAGAGCUGGACCUUCUCAAGCCCACCAUUGAACGGUCUCUUGGUGGUACAAUCCACUUCGGCCGUGUAUCCAUGAAGCCUGGCAAGCCUACAACCUUCGCAACCAUUCCCUUUAAGGCAGCUGCCACCGAUGCGACUGCAAAUGUCCAGCAAGAACGUCAGUCUAAACUCAUCUUCUCUCUUCCUGGAAACCCAGCUUCGGCCCUAGUGACUCUAAACUUGUUUGUUCUUCCAUCAUUGCACAAGCUCUCUGGCUUAGGGGAAAGCUCUCAAGCAAUGGCCACUAAGCCCUGGAUGUCGCCGCAGCUUGGACUGCCUCGCGUUGCAGUGGUCCUAACCCACCACUUUCCACUUGAUCCCAAGCGCACUGAGUACCACCGGGCUGUGGUAACCGGCUCGCGCUCGGACGGACGUUUGUAUGCGACAAGUACUGGCAUCGGGGGUGUCGGACAGCGGAGUUCACGGGUUGGCAGUCUUGCAAGUGCCAAUGCCCUGGUCGUCCUGCGUCCUGGCCGCGGAGUCGGCAUUAAGGGAGAGAUUGUUGAAGCGCUCAUGAUGGGCCCUGUCUACGGCUCGGACACGCGACUCAUCUGCUAA